UCAAAAAAGUGAAAUUUUUAAUAAAAUAAAUAUUUGGAAAAAAAAAAUGUUAACAAAAUUCUUAGUGACUUUCGAUUGUAAUUUUUUGGCGAAACGAAUUGCAGCAAAUUUAAACUACCCCUCCAACGCCACCGUUUGGCAGCGGCCCACGCGUCGCGCUAUCCACGCUCUGCAUGCUUGGCGUCCGCCGCGUCUGAAACUAAUCGGAAAUGCCUCGACUCUUGCCAGAACUCGCAUUUGCGCCCGUUCGUACGUGAAUAAUUGGCAGAAGAAUUUCAAUCGCAACAAUGAACAACGCAAGACCAUACCAAAAUUGGUUUACUUGCAUAAUCCCUGGAAAUAUUUUGUCACAAAGUUUAAUUUGUUGAGGUUACGUUUGCUGUGGGAUCGCAGCUUCACCGAGCAGGACUUCGUACGUGGUUCGAAGCAGGCGGCCCUUGUGAUCACCGAUAUAAUACGCACUCAGAACACUGGGAAAAUUAGUCAAUUUACCACACCAGUUGGAUUUCAACAAAUCACGCGUGAUAUGUUACUGUCACGAAACGAUUCACGACUCAAAUUGGUGAAAUUCGACCCGGAACAUAUACGCAAGGCGAUACCAAUGAAAGUGGCGACACGAAAGAAUUUUGGGCGCCGGUAUUGCUUCAUUGAUAUGCUCUUUGUCGGCAUGCGAAAUACGAAGGACUUUGAUUCGCCCGAAGAGUUGGUGGAAAUAAACGAUAUUUUGCGCAAGUUGGAUCAGGACUUGCGCACACCCAUUGAGGUUACCUCGGUGCCACAUCGCAUCGUCUUUGCCGAGAUUUUCAUGCGCUUCCGACGCGACUACACACCUCAAACGGACAAUUCAUCGAAUAAUGUGAGGGAUCCGGAUUGGUCGGUGUCGUUUUACAAAAUACUCACAUUCGAUGUGCUCAACUACGAUCCGCGACCAUGAAGCUAGUCGCGAGUUAGAAGAAGUUCACUAGUGAAAGAGAAACUAGUCCGUGUUUAGAAACUCGUCGAAAUUAAAAUGUAUAUUUUAAUGAUUUUUUUUUUUUAAUUAUAUCUAAAACAAAGCCAAAAUUACAAUUAAAGUAUAAAUGUACAUAAGAAA